UUUUUUUUUCCUCACCUUAAAACCGGGUGGGAAAGGCAUAAAAGCUGCAUUUUGUUACGCCUCGCGCAGAUUCCGCUCCAGAAGCUGUUGAUUCCAGACGAGACAAUGACCUCAAUCACCUUUGCAUUGUUCCUCUUUGCGGGUCUCCAAGGCUGCGCUCUGACCUUUAAUGGAGAUGACUUUCAAGCCAUACAAGACAAAGUGAUGGUGGCUGGCAGCCCGUGUGACGACUGCACCCAAAUAGUCAACCUCCUCAUUGACCUGCUUUCCAACGCCGACUUCCAGGGAAAGAUCACGGAGGGCCUUGGCAACCUAUGUGACCACCUGCCUGGGAAGGCCAGCACGAUUGAAUUCUGCAAGCAGGAGGUGGACAAAAUCCUGCCGAUGGCCAUCAGCUUCAUCACCGUUGUAGCGAAGCCGCAGGACAUGUGCAGAACCAUUGGCCUGUGCGGCUCCCACGACAAACAGGAAAUGCUCGGCUACUCCGUCAGCGAGGCUCUGCAGGCGGCGGAUAUGACGGAUGACGACGUGAGCGGGGCCAGACCCACGCCGCCGUGCGCCUUCUGCAUCUCCUUCAUCAAGACAUUGGACAGCUUGCUGCCCAAAGACAGGACUGAGGAAGCUGUAGUGAAACUUCUGGAGGACAUGUGUCGCGUUCUCCCCGACACUUACCGCGGUCAGUGCCAGCUGGUCAUCGGCAGGUUCGGCAAGACGGUGAUGGACGCCAUCCUGAGCUACGCCACCCCGCAGGCCAUCUGCGCCCUCAUCCGCCUGUGCCAGAGUCAGGAGGGUCCCCUCAUCGACCCCUGCACGGUGACAACGUACAGGUGCAGAGACCUGCCGACCUCUCUCAAGUGUGGAACUCUCUUCUACUGUCAGACAUUUGCCUGGAAACCCCUCAGCUCCAACACACUGUGAACAUCAGAGUGGAGUUUGUGCGACUGAGCCAGCUAAGUGUUGCUGAAAAAUAUCUUUGAGAUAAUAUUCCAUUCAUCAUCAUCUUCUUCUGCCUUUUUAUUCCCGCUCUUAUUCGUUCCACUUCCGCCUGUCCAACACCAGACACAUGUCCCCCGCCCUUAAGUGCCCCUCAUGAUGGUUCCGGUAUUGUCCUGUGACCUGAGUAAUAGAUGACAGCAUUAAUGUGCAUAAAAGGAAAUAUGUCAUUAAAUUCAUGUACGCCCACUA